UGCUAACCGACAUGGUACAUUCAGAGCCUGCACAAGGAAGCUGAGAGUAUCAAAAUCAUUUACUUGAAAUGCUGAGGGGGUUGAAAAUGCUGAUUAAUUCAACCGAAAGUAAUUAGUGUUAAUUUGUUUUACUUUACUUUUUUCCAGCUUCUCUUCCUCAUCUGCUCCGAUUGAAUUUUCUGCUGCUAUAAUGUGAAUUUUUUAAAAAGAUAACUCACAGAUAAGGAAGCAAUAUUUUAAUGCAGAUUAAAGGCGCUCAAGGUGGAAUUAGCCAGUAGGGUAUAAAAUGUUGGGCUGCAGCUGCUUUCAUUUCUAUUGCUGUUCUCAAACUGAAUCAGAAUGGGAGCUAUUUUUGUGACAGCUUUGCUUUUCUGCAUGGCCAUUGGCCAGGCUGUCUCAGUCUGUUUUCUAACUGAAUAUACCAUGUAUGUGGAGAAGAAAGAGUGCGCUUACUGCCUUGCCAUUAAUACCACUAUUUGCUCAGGAUACUGCAUGACAAAGGAUCCAAAUCUGAAGGAAGGACUGCCUAAAAUGCUCAUGUCCCAGAAAGCCUGUUCUUACAAAGAAUAUAUCCAUAGGACAGUGACCAUUCCUGGCUGCCCAAUGCAUGUGAACCCGCUCUUUUCCUACCCUGUAGCUAUUAGCUGUGAGUGUGACAAAUGUAACACAGGCUUCACUGAUUGCAUCCAAGAUACCAUCAAAAUCAAUUACUGUACAAAACCAUUCGAGCCUCAAUAUCUCGGCUUCUCAAACUACAUUCAGUAAAAAUGUGUUUCACUUGUGAGUGGUGCAUGAAAAUAUUUAGACUAGAAACGCGGUUGUACAGAUUAUUGAACUUUCUAUGUUCCCCAUUCUUAUUCAGUGCUUUUGGGGCACAUUACCACUAACAUAGAAUAAAAUUAUUACCAAGAUUGAUUAACAUAGGUUUCUACACUGUUUUGUGGCAAAUAGUCACAACUGGUAUGAAACUUUUUUUUUUUUUUAAAUAAAAAACCUUAUUUAUGAAUGACAAGGUGCAAAGAGCUAGAAAAUGGGUGUAAAAUGUCCUGUUUUGUUUACAUACAUUGUGCACAGCUCUUUAUGCUCUUAGAAUGGAGAGUAGAGUUUUGCCUGACUCUAAACAUAACACUGUCUGCAUCUGGUAGUGCUGCAUUCAGGGUGGUAUGUGGAUGUCUCUAAGAACCCCCAAUUUAGCACUCAUACAGACAUGCAAGUUAAAGGAGAAGGAUAGGUCCAUUCUAUUGGGGGUGCCAAAUGUUAGCCCGCCCACCAAGGAUACCCCAGGCCAGUGCUCCUGUUAGCAGAAAACUGCACCGACCUGGGGUACUUGCUUAUGCGCAUUAGAAUUAAAAGCCUAACUUUAAUGAAAAAGCUUUAUCACUCUAUUGUGCUCUACUGUGCAGGCAUUUGCCACAGGAUUUUGGAGAAAGAAGAAGGGAGGAUGCUAAAUAGUGCUCUGUUUUGGGGUAUCAUUGCUCGCCUUUACAGUAAUAUGAGGCAAAGUUACAAAAUAAGGCAAAACCAUUUUAAAAAAUAAGAAUAUUCCCAAUAGGAGUUACUGUAUAUGUUGUCUUAGGAAAUCUGCCCUAUACUAUAUAAACAUUUCUGUACAAUGCUAAAGUUAGGACAAAGAUGGGGGAUGACAACUGCUUGCGGUUAACAGGAUUAUCAGGAAGAAACAAGUGCAAAGUGUAAGAUGUAUAAAACUACACAAACAAUAUAGAAUUCUAGUGGUUAGUGCACAGGUCUAAGGUCUUCUAUAAACUCCUGCAACAAAACAUCCAAAGGCAAAGCUCUAAUGAGCACGGGGAUGUCAAAGUAUAUUUUUAUUCCAUAUUUUCUCAUGUAAUAAAGAUGAAAGUUUUUGUUUCUAAAUAUUUAAAUGAGAAGGAAAGGUGCUCUUUACUAAGGGGUGCCAAAAGUUAGUGAUUGUAUUCACUUACCUUACACCCCAGGCUGGUGCUUCUAUCAGCAGAAAACUGCACUGGCCGGGAUUUUCUCCAAUGAGAAUCACAGAGAGAUCGGCUUCCUUCUUCUUCUUUCCUCCCGCGGGUGUGCAUGUGCUGUAGAGUGAAAAGCUGAACUUUAAGACGAAGAUGGGUAUUUGGUUCUACUGCACAUGCGUCUGCUCCGGGAAAUUGGUAGAAAGAAGAAGGAAGCUGAUCGAUUGAUGGUGCUCGCUGGAAUAACCCCUGGACCAUUGCAGUUUUAUGCUGAGCACCGGCCCCAGAUGUGAAGUUAGUAUUUAUAAUCAUUUGGAGUGCCUAAUUUUUGGCACCCCCAAUGAAAUAUGCAUUUCCUCCUCCUUCAAUAGUAAUAAUCUGCUUCCAGACAAGAUCAGAUUUGAGAUUGUGGGGUUACAGAUUUAUUGUUUGAAUUAUAUUCAGAUCCUGUUCCAUUCAUCUUUCAUUCAGACUAGGGGAAUUAAACCCAAGCAACCAUGUGGCAGUUUCAAAUCAAACAAUGGAACUGUAGAAGAAAAAGUUCUAAAGCAAAAGAAAUAAUAGGGAUGGUCCUAGAAUAAUUCUGAUUAAUAGUGAUGGUCCUAGAAUAAUUCUGAUUAAGCCAUUAAAAACUUACAGUAAAGGUUAAAAAGCGAAUCCCUUAAUUUGUCUUUCAUCGUUAAAUUGAAAUUUUAUAUAUAUAUAUAUAUAAAACUUUCGGAAAAAAACCCCAAAAAAAAUCUUAAUUUACAUUGAUGAUAAUUAAACAAUUGCUUGUUUCGUUGACCAUAAAUGCAUGUAUAAAGUAAAAGAAUUUACAAUAAAAUGUCUGAUUCUUAACUUAUUAAAGGGCCCAUAAGACUCGACUCGUCUUUUACAACUGCUUUUGCAGUGUCAUUUUUCCCCCUAACAAUGCAGGUUUUUUCCCCCCAGAAUACUAUUGUGGUUGUGUUCAAUGGGGGCAGUUGCAUCUGACAUAAUUGUGGCCAGUCAAAAUGAACACAAAGACACAUUCACAUGAAUGGGAUGUUUUGGAAGCUAUAAGGGACGGCAACUGGGCAAACUUAGUGCCUUUUAUUACAUAUAGAGGUAAGGAAUUGCACCAGUGCCUGUGGCAAUGGCAGGUGUAUAGUGCAACUGUGUAGGGCACAAGGGAGUCUUGUACUAAAUAUCCAUCACAGUAAACACAGGGCUGUCCAGUGUUCCCUAGUAUGUUCCCAACUACCAACCCUAUUGUAUUCAGCACAGAGUAAGGCAAAACUUGUGUUAAGUGUCCUUGUAUAAUCGUCUCUAGCCGGAAAUGGCAGUAAGCAUGCUUCACCACAUGGGGAGGUGAGAAUCCUGGAGUAGACGGCACUUGCAGGCAAAAUGUGUGCAUUUUUCUACACUUUUACAUUCUCAAUACACAGCUGUUGCAAAGUAAUUUGAGGAUCCAGAGGGAACAUGAAGCAAGUGGCUAGUAUCUUACAAACCCGGCAAAAUGAGCUGUAAGUGAUUAGACCCCCUACUUCAUCAGCUUCCAAAAUAAAUCUAAUUCAGUGAAUCAAAGAUAAAGGUUAGAUCAGCACACCCCAUCUUAAUAAUAGACAAGAGAGAAGGCCAAGGGCAUAUGGAGCGUGGGCUCUGCUGCUCUCAGCCUCCAUAUUUUUUUCAGACUUGGAGAAGCGGAUCCUCCACAUCUCCAUAAUUGUUAUUAUUAUUAACAUAUAUUUUUACAGUGCCAACAUAUUCCACAGAGCUGUAAAAUAAAGCGGUUUAUACAAAGAACAUACAGAAUUAUGUACACAGCGACCAGUAACCAAUACAAAAGGUGAAGAGGCCCCUGCCCAAAAGAGAACCACUUCUGAUUACAUGCAGGUACACAGAGCAGAGUGGAGGUUGGCCUGAAAAUGCCUGCUUUCGUGUGUGUUUGGGCCCACAUCCACCUACAGUGUGUGACUGCACAAAAGUGCAUCUUAUUCAGAUAAUUGAAGAUGGGGCACGGGGUGGAUCCCCUUCUCCCAGCCUGAAAAAAAAAAAGACACAGGUUGAGUCCAACGCUCCAUCUGUCCUUGGCCGAAAGAGUACCGAUGUAAUCACAAUUCAUAUAAUAAUAUAAAUAAUGAUAGCUUGAAGAUUUACAGUUCAUUACUGUGUCUUAACUGCAGAUGAAAAAUGGCAUUGGCAAGUAGUUGUGAUAUUAAAUAUAUGUAAUUGCUAAAAUGUAGGAAUACGGAAAACUCUGUAACAGCAAAAUGAUGUAAUCUGUAUAUCUUUGUAUCUAUUACCUGAUAUUGCUUAUGUUGCUAAACCUGAUUCUAAUGAACAAGAUACUGUUUCUCAUCCUUGCAGCCCUGUAACCAAUGAUUUAACCUGUUGAUCAGCAUGGAAAGGAUAUCACUAAGCAUGUAUAUGAGUAUUUUAUCUUUCUUGAAAUGUAUUUCUCCGCUACCUACAAGUAUUACCUAAUGCUUUUGUCUCCACAGUUCCUCUGUAAAACAUUUAGGCAAAAAUAAAGGUUUAAGUGUUGGCAUUGAA